AUGACAACCUCCUGGAGUGAUCGGUUACAAAAUGCGGCAGAUAUGCCUGCUAACAUGGAUAAACAUGCCCUGAAAAAGUAUCGGCGAGAAGCCUAUCAUCGGGUGUUUGUGAACCGGAGUUUAGCCAUGGAAAAAAUAAAGUGUUUUGGUUUUGACAUGGAUUAUACACUCGCUGUGUACAAGUCCCCGGAGUAUGAGUCCCUUGGCUUUGAGCUUACCGUGGAGAGAUUAGUUUCCAUUGGCUAUCCUCAGGAGCUUCUCAGCUUUGCAUAUGACUCUACAUUCCCUACCAGGGGACUAGUAUUUGAUACACUGUAUGGAAAUCUUUUGAAAGUUGAUGCCUAUGGAAACCUCUUGGUCUGUGCACAUGGAUUUAACUUCAUAAGGGGACCAGAAACUAGAGAGCAGUAUCCAAAUAAAUUUAUUCAACGAGAUGACACUGAAAGAUUUUACAUUCUGAACACACUAUUCAACCUACCAGAGACCUACCUGUUGGCCUGCCUAGUAGAUUUUUUUACUAAUUGUCCCAGAUAUACCAGCUGCGAAACAGGAUUUAAAGAUGGGGACCUCUUCAUGUCUUACCGGAGUAUGUUCCAGGAUGUAAGAGACGCAGUUGACUGGGUUCAUUACAAGGGUUCCCUUAAGGAAAAGACAGUUGAAAAUCUUGAGAAGUAUGUAGUCAAAGAUGGAAAACUGCCUUUGCUUCUGAGCCGGAUGAAGGAAGUAGGAAAAGUAUUUCUUGCCACCAACAGUGACUAUAAAUAUACAGAUAAAAUUAUGACUUACCUGUUUGAUUUCCCACAUGGCCCCAAGCCUGGGAGCUCUCAUCGGCCGUGGCAGUCCUACUUUGACCUGAUCUUGGUGGACGCACGGAAACCACUGUUCUUUGGAGAAGGCACAGUACUGCGUCAGGUGGAUACUAAAACUGGCAAGCUGAAAAUUGGUACCUACACGGGCCCCUUACAGCAUGGCAUUGUCUACUCUGGGGGUUCAUCUGAUACAAUUUGUGAUCUGUUGGGAGCCAAGGGCAAAGACAUUUUGUAUAUUGGAGAUCACAUUUUUGGGGACAUUUUAAAAUCAAAGAAACGGCAAGGGUGGCGAACUUUCUUGGUGAUUCCUGAACUCGCACAGGAACUGCAUGUCUGGACCGAUAAGAGUUCACUUUUCGAAGAGCUUCAGAGCUUGGAUAUUUUCUUGGCUGAACUCUACAAGCACCUUGACAGCAGCAGCAAUGAGCGCCCAGAUAUCAGCUCCAUCCAGAGACGUAUUAAGAAAGUAACUCACGACAUGGACAUGUGCUACGGGAUGAUGGGGAGCCUAUUCCGCAGUGGCUCCCGGCAGACCCUCUUUGCCAGUCAGGUGAUGCGCUAUGCUGAUCUCUAUGCAGCAUCGUUCAUCAACCUGCUGUAUUAUCCAUUCAGCUACCUCUUCAGAGCUGCCCAUGUCUUGAUGCCUCAUGAGUCAACAGUGGAACACAUACAUGUAGAUAUCAAUGAGAUGGAGUCCCCGCUCGCCACCCGGAACCGCACAUCAGUGGAUUUCAAAGAUACCGACUACAAGCGGCACCAACUGACACGGUCAAUUAGUGAGAUUAAGCCCCCCAAUCUCUUCCCACUGGCCCCCCAGGAAAUUACACACUGCCAUGACGAAGAUGAUGAUGAGGAGGAGGAAGAAGAGGAGGAGUGA